AUGAUCUUGAAUAAAUUAAAAUAACAAAAUUUUUGGUAUAUCAACAACAAUUUCAGAAUUAAGAAUCAAAUUUUAAUAAUACAAAUAGUAAGUUUAGUUUUGGUAUUUAUAUUAUUAGCCUCUUCAAUUAUUAUUGGUUAAUUAAUUGUUAAGAAAACAAUAGAAGAAUCAUCUGAAAAGAUAUUUUUCAAAUAAACUUUGUAAUAAUUGAAUAGUGUUUGGAUACAUAAGGCUAAUCUUCAAUAUUUAAUCAACUCAGCCUCAUAAUAAAUUUAAAUUGUUUAAUCUCUCAACAAAUUUAUACAAAAAACAGAUUAUACUACUGUUAUACCUUAUUAAUGUCUAAAUCAACCUAAUACUAAUGAUUCAUUUUGUUAUAGUUCUUCAUUUUGUUUUGGGCUUUUUGGAGAUAAUUUUAAUUAAACUCAUAUUGAUCAGUUAAAGUACGUAUUUGCUGUAACUUCUACACUGACAUAAUUUAGGACAGCUAUUGAAAAUUCAUAAGCUUUAUAUUUUAGCCAUGCCAACCAGGCUUAAUUCUAUACUAUAAGUUAAGGAUUCUAUUUUAACUCUGGAUUCAUGCCACAUUCAAGACCUUGGUACUUGUAUCAUUUGAAUAAAACAGAAAAUGUUUCAAAUAAUUAAGAUUUUAUUGUCUAUGGAAAUCCUUAUGAAAUAUUUUCUGGAGGAAUAAGAAUAGCUAUGACAUCUACUUUAAUUAAUAUAAAUAAUACAUUUGAAGGUAUUAUUGCAAGAGAUAUAGAUUUUAAUUAAACAUCAGCUUUCAAAUUAGUAGAUUCAGAAACUACAUUAAUUGUAAUUAAUUGUUAAGGAAAAAUAAUUUAUAGUAAACUUUAUGAUGAGUUACAAUAAUCUAUUUAUUCGAUAUUUGAUGAGAUUUAUACUGGUUUUAACAUAACAGAUUUUGAAUAGAUAAUGAAUUAUCAUANGUAUUAGUCCAUAAAUAUGUUAAUAAAUUUAAAUACAACUUUAUUUUACUAUUAAAAUUAGAUUGUUAAUACUUUAACUUUAUUAACAAGUUAGAAAUUUUAUAAUUAAUAGUUUUAUUAUUAUUAUCAUUAAUUCACAAUUAUUAAUAAUAAAAACUAAAUUUAAUUUUAUUAGGAAAACUCAAAGAAAUUAACUUGUAUGAUCUUGAAUAAAUUAAAAUAACAAAAUUUUUGGUAUAUCAACAACAAUUUCAGAAUUAAGAAUCAAAUUUUAAUAAUACAAAUAGUAAGUUUAGUUUUGGUAUUUAUAUUAUUAGCCUCUUCAAUUAUUAUUGGUUAAUUAAUUGUUAAGAAAACAAUAGAAGAAUCAUCUGAAAAGAUAUUUUUCAAAUAAACUUUGUAAUAAUUGAAUAGUGUUUGGAUACAUAAGGCUAAUCUUCAAUAUUUAAUCAACUCAGCCUCAUAAUAAAUUUAAAUUGUUUAAUCUCUCAACAAAUUUAUACAAAAAACAGAUUAUACUACUGUUAUACCUUAUUAAUGUCUAAAUCAACCUAAUACUAAUGAUUCAUUUUGUUAUAGUUCUUCAUUUUGUUUUGGGCUUUUUGGAGAUAAUUUUAAUUAAACUCAUAUUGAUCAGUUAAAGUACGUAUUUGCUGUAACUUCUACACUGACAUAAUUUAGGACAGCUAUUGAAAAUUCAUAAGCUUUAUAUUUUAGCCAUGCCAACCAGGCUUAAUUCUAUACUAUAAGUUAAGGAUUCUAUUUUAACUCUGGAUUCAUGCCACAUUCAAGACCUUGGUACUUGUAUCAUUUGAAUAAAACAGAAAAUGUUUCAAAUAAUUAAGAUUUUAUUGUCUAUGGAAAUCCUUAUGAAAUAUUUUCUGGAGGAAUAAGAAUAGCUAUGACAUCUACUUUAAUUAAUAUAAAUAAUACAUUUGAAGGUAUUAUUGCAAGAGAUAUAGAUUUUAAUUAAACAUCAGCUUUCAAAUUAGUAGAUUCAGAAACUACAUUAAUUGUAAUUAAUUGUUAAGGAAAAAUAAUUUAUAGUAAACUUUAUGAUGAGUUACAAUAAUCUAUUUAUUCGAUAUUUGAUGAGAUUUAUACUGGUUUUAACAUAACAGAUUUUGAAUAGAUAAUGAAUUAUCAUAAUAAUAAGAAUUAUUCAAACAGUUGCGAUAUGAUUUUAGAAUAAGACAAUGUCCUAUGCAGAUAUAAUUCUAAAUUAGAAGAUUUUUGUAUAAUUUAAACAGCUUAAAUUAAAAACACUCCUUAUAUUUUAUUACUAUUCAAGAAUUCAAAAAAUAUAAAAAUGGUUUAAUAAUAAUAAUUCAGGUUUAUUAAUAAUGAAUAAAGAGAAAUUACAUAAUAAAAUAUUAUUAUGUACUUACUUUUAACUUUAGUAGUUCUUAUUAUUGCAUAAUUUAUAUCUAUUAUAAUACUUAAAUAGUUAAAUUUAUUAAUUUCUUAUACUAAAUAUAAUAUUUAUGAUAAUUGGAUAUUUAAUUUAUCAUUUAGAGGUUUGUUUAAAUAAAAAUAUAUGAUUUAAUCACAAGAAAUAACAAACCUAUAUUUUAGUGUAGUUGGAUUAGUUCAUAAUAUAAGACCUUCAAGAAAAAAUCAAUAUUGUUUAUAAGAGGAAGAUAAGCAAUUUCCUAUAUUAAGAAAGAAGAAAAUAACCUAGAAGAUAAAAGAAUUAAUAUCUCUAAUUGAAAAAAAGAAUAAAGAAGGUUUAGAAUUAUAUAGGUUUAAAACAUAUUGA